GGAACCCCCGCGCGCCGGGCAGGACAGGACGCAUGGGGAGGGCACCGAGACACCCACCGCCAGAGAGCAUGGAGAAGAGGCCGCCCUCACCCCGCACCCCGGGCGCCCCCAAUGCUCUCUGGGCCUUCCAAACCGCACUCCGGCCCCCCAUCCGGCACCCAGGGCCACUGGCUCCCUGGAGAGCCGAGCACUCUGCGGCCAGGAGAGAAGCAGCCCCACUCGCGACCCCAAGCAUUCCGGCCGCAGUCCAGGGAGGGCCCGGCGGCGUAGACAGACCCGGGACUCAGGGCAGCGACUCGGGGUGUCUGUUUCCUCAGCGGUCAAAAGGGCUGCGGAGGCCCCAGCCCGGGUGCUCGAGGAGCCACAGCGCGGCACCCAGAGCUGCGGUGUUCCUCCAGCCACCGAGCCAGAGUCGCAGGGAGGAUAGUGCGCCCUGUCGCCCCGUCCGGGCGCGCCACUCCCGGCCCGCCCCAGAGAACUGUCGGGCCACAGCUGCCCAGAGUCGGCUCCUCGGUGCCGGGAGCAGGGACCCGGCCCCACCCCUCUGGCUUGGCCCCGCCCCUCCGCCUCUGGCCCCGCCCCCAAGCCAGUAACUGCCACGCCCUCAGAGCCCGAACCUUGGCCACCCCGUUAGCCGCCUCCGAGGAGCCCAGAGGGCCCCAAACCCUGCUGGGAAGGAUCCUCCCUGCGGCUGGGCUCUCGGGGAGCACCUACGCUGUGCCCGAGGCGGUGGGGCUCAAGUGAGGCCCGGGGCGGGUCUCGGGGCCUGGCCGCCCGUAGGUAGCGCGGGAAUGCGAGAGGUGAGCGCUCGUUAGGUAUCCCGGGCCUGGCUCCGCAGGUGCCGAUCGCCUGCGGGGCAGCCACACCCGGAUCCCGCGAGUGCGGCCCCGACCGAGGAGGCGGGAAGAGAGAAAUUCCCAUGCGCGCGGACUGCACCGCGCCUGAAGCCGGGGCCAACACGCGCCACGGCGCGCCGCCCGGGACAGCACGGUGCGCGCACACGUGGGCAGGGGCGGCCACCGAACGUCCGCCCAGCCCCGGCGGCCAAUGGCUUUCUGAGCGGCGAUCUGGCGUAAGGACUCGCAGCGCCAAGACCCGAAAGCUAACUGCACAAAACGAAAAUGGAUCCCCCCAAAGGUCUCAGUGCCAGCGGACGCUGGGUCCCUGCACAGAGCCGAGAGGGUCGCCUUCGUCCGCGCCACAGAAACCCUGGCGGCCGGGGUGAAACGGGAACGUCGUUGCUAACCGACCACACCAGGCCCGAGAGAGGCCGGCCUGGCGCACACCGCCGCCCAGCCACGAAACUGCAGCCGUCGCUUCGCACACGUUCCCGUCACGUUCCCAGCAGGCACAGAAUAAUAAUAAUAGACGCCACUUAGUAAUUGCUGUGACACCAGCCAAGAGAACCAAGGAGGCGACGUCCAGAACUGUACUCAGCACUGGCUCUCUGCCGGCGCCCGCUGUCCACUGCGAUCUUAUUUGAACCCGCACAGCAAUUCCACGGGGUGGGAGGCUUUUCCACCCAGAGGAGGACACCAUGGGCCCUGCGUGCCCGUCAAACGGCCACGCUUCUGCCCGCUGGCUGCACUUCGGGCGCACGCCCACGUUAAGGCCCUGAGCGUGGCCCCGCACGCCUUGGCACCCGGACUCUGAGCCUGCCAGGGUCCCCGACCGCCGGCUCGGGCGGCGCUUCACAAGGGAACGGCUGUGCCCUAGGUCGGGGCGCCCAGGUCCAAGCUCCGGACUCGGGUUGCCCCCCGGGAACAAGCUGCGACUUCGCGGCCGGGAAACGACUGACCGGGAGGCCCGGGCGGUCCCCGCGCCCUGACCCGACACUGUACAGUCCCGCGGGCAGGGAGGGGACCGGGAACCGCCCCUCCGGCAGCGCGCGCAACUCGGUAGCCUCGCGUGUGGCCCCGGGACAGGCCUCGCCACGGCGCCAGCCAUUGGUUGGUGAAACCAGAGCAGAUUCUCGCGGGCCAAGUCUAGCAUUCGGCCCGUGGACUCUGACGUCCCGCGUCUUCCGCCCUUCUGCAUCCCAGAGGAGAAUGUUCCCGGAAAUGUUUUCGUUCCUCCCUCAAACCUGAGACCGGGGCGGCCGGGAAGCCGCAAGGCGGGGCGCGGACUGUGACCCCGAAGGUGCCUGCUGAAUCCCCGCGCCCUCCCGCCUGUGCCUCUUCACCGAAUGGGGCGCACGGAGUGUGCCAAGUGGAUCCUCAAAUCUGCAUUCUUUCGGUGAUAAAAUAUGUUCUCGUAUUUUUUCCUGAUUUCCCACUAAAAUCUUUGCCUAACUAAACUCCCAUCCAACGGGAUUUAUUUCGUCCCCGGGGAGAUAAAUCAGGGGGCAAAUUUACAGCCCGGGAGGCACCUGCCGGGCUAAUGGGCCCUUCACGGAGUGCGCGGCCAGCGGGGGCGCGCGCAGACGGCGGGGGCGCUGGCCAAUGGCCGGGCCGCGGUCGCCGGCAGCCAAUCAGCACGCGCGCCGCCUGGGGGCCCCGCGGUUAUCAGCGCGUCCAGCCCGCGCGGCGCGGCGCCGCUCCGACCGGCCCCGGAGCCGCCACCGCCGCAGCGCGGAGUACCCCCGCCGCCGCCCACCCCGCGCCGCAGCCGCCGCCCUCCCUCGCGCCCGCCAUCCGCGCCGUCGGCGCCCGCACCCCGAGCCCCCGCUGCAGCCGGCGCCCGCCGGGGUCUCGCGCAAACUUCCCGGGCCGGCGGGCGCGGGCGGCGGCGGCGGGGCCCGGAUGGGCGCCCGGGCCGGCGGCGGCGGCGCCCAUGGACGCUAACCGCCCGGGCGCGUUCGUGCUGAGCAGUGCGCCGCUGGCCGCGCUACACAACAUGGCCGAGAUGAAGACGUCGCUGUUCCCGUACGCGCUGCAGGGCCCGGCCGGCUUCAAGGCGCCCGCGCUGGGCGGCCUCGGCGCGCAGCUGCCGCUCGGCACCCCGCACGGCAUCAGCGACAUCCUGGGGCGGCCCGUGGGCGCGGCGGGCGGCGGCCUCCUGGGCGGCCUGCCCCGUCUCAGUGGGCUCGCCUCGUCGGCCGGCGUCUACUUCGGGCCCGCGGCCGCCGUGGCGCGCGGCUACCCCAAGCCUCUGGCCGAGUUGCCCGGGCGCCCGCCAAUCUUCUGGCCUGGCGUGGUGCAGGGCUCGCCCUGGAGGGACCCGCGCCUGGCCGGCCCGGCCCAGGCCAGCGGGGUCCUGGACAAGGACGGCAAGAAGAAGCACUCGCGGCCGACCUUCUCGGGCCAGCAGAUCUUCGCGCUGGAGAAGACUUUCGAGCAGACCAAGUACCUGGCGGGGCCGGAGCGCGCGCGCCUCGCCUACUCCCUGGGUAUGACCGAGAGCCAAGUCAAGGUGUGGUUCCAGAACCGGCGGACAAAGUGGCGCAAGCGGCACGCCGCGGAGAUGGCGUCGGCUAAGAAGAAGCAGGACUCGGACGCCGAGAAGCUGAAGGUGGGCGGCUCGGACGCGGAGGACGACGACGAGUACAACCGGCCCCUGGACCCCAACUCGGACGAUGAGAAGAUCACGCGGCUGCUCAAGAAGCACAAACCCUCGAACUUGGCGCUGGUCAGCCCGUGCGGCGGCGGCGCGGGGGACGCCUCGUGAGGACGCGGCGGCAAGGCCGGACAACCAGGGUACGGGACGCGGGCCGGCGCCCCUCGCCAGCCGCCCGCGCCGGAGUGUGUAUAUAUAUUUUUACAGAAUAAGUUAUAAAGCGGCCUGGCUCGGGCUCGGCGUGCGGGGACCCGAGAGCGCCCGCGUCCCUGUCCUCGGCGUGGGCGGGAUCGGGACCGCCGCUGCCGCGCGUCCUGAGAGGAAUCACGUUGUAUAAUCAAUAAAUUAUUUAACACGUUCCCCGUCGGAGCCGUGGCUCCCGAGGCUGCACCGCGUGUUUCUUCCUUAUCGAAAACCGCGGGCGAGGCGCGGUGGCGCGGCCCUCUGCCGGGCCCUCUGUCCCGGGUCCCCUUGUCCAGUCUUCAGUGCCGCGGGGUCCGCGCCUUCGGCCGAAGGGGCGCCUGGGUCUGGCGCAGGUCCGGCUCAGAAUCGGGGUGCGAUGGAGUCCCGGUCGCCUCGCGCCCCGGGUUGCCCGGGCGGCAGCAGCUCGCAGGACCGAGGGCACCGCGAGGCCCGGCGCGGGGAAGGCGGCCCCGCCCGAGAACCCUCGCGCUGCCGGCCAAGGGAAGGGGCCGCCCGGGGCCGAGGGCCGGGAAGAGCCAGGACUCAGCGAGCGGGAGCGGAGCCGACGGCGGGGGGAUGGAGCGGGGCGCUGGGCGCUCGGCGGCGGCGGCUCCUCCGGCGCAGGCAGCUGUAUCUCGCGCGGAGCAGCAGGUAGGACCCCUUGUCCCGUCCCUCCCCGCAACUGCACCGGCGCCAGCCCGGGGCGCCCUCCCCAGGGCUCUGGAGGCUUAGGUGGGUGAGGUGUGGGCGGAUUUAGACACAUUUGGGGUUGCCGGAAAGGGCAGGUGAACCCCCGCUCCUGCCCCACCCGGAGUGGCGCCUUUCCCCUUUGGUGGGUGCGGGGGCGGUGAGGGGCGCCGCUGGGCCCUAGCUCCUGCUGUCCUGCUGACGUGCUUUGCCAUGAUUAUGUAGGUUGGAACGUGCCCAGCCUUAGUAGCUACAUAAUUUGAAGUAAAUCAGGUUUUAAAUUCAUCAGCACCGUAGCACUUCUCCUGCGGUUUAAUAGAUUGUUUUCAUCGGUAGAAAGCGGGGUUUAAUUCAAACCGGGACUACAAAGAGACAUCCAAGGUAAUUUUGCUGCCCCGGCGUCAGUUCUCUCAGGGGCCCUGGAGUUUUCUUUGCCCGUUUGACCCUGGGAUGCGGGCGAAGCACGUCUGGCCAGUGCUUGGACCUUGUCCUCCUCCUGGGCAGCUCCGGCCUCCACCCGGGGCACCUCCCUGGAUCGGCCAGACCGACCCAGCCCCCCAGCCCCGCGGAGGUCCCGGAAGCCCUCUCUCUGGCCUGUCCCUCACCCCGGAAUCCAAGGGCCAGGAUUCCAGCUAACAGCGUCUGCUCUGGUUCACAGAAGACCACCCCAUCCGUGCAGACUCUGGACGCUCCACGUGGCUGCAUAACUGUUGUGUUAAUUUUAAAAACUGAAUAUAAAGGGUUGUAUUACGGUAAGAAAGAUUCUUCUUGGAAGGCAUUACUGAAAAUGUUAAAGAGAAAUGUAAAAGGCUGAAGUUUUGUUUUUUGGGUGUUUUUUGCUACAUGGCUGCAUCAAUUUAAAAAACAGACGUUUUUCACUGGCUGGUUUUCUAAGGGAGCAUUAAUUUUUUUUCAAAAUUUACGUGAGUGAACUCUUCUUUCAGCUCAAGAGCAAAGGAAUUUCCAGUUUUAAAGUUUGAGGAAAGCCACACAUUUAUGUAAUCGCAUUUAAACAACGCUGAGGGGGACCGGAGCGGUCAUUUCCAAAGGCCUCCUGAGUGACCAACAGCUGAAACCCCGCUGCACAGAAUCGCCGUGAGUCGGCCAGAGCAGGGCGACCACAGCUCGACACAGACGCCGACGGUACGGUCAAGGACACAGGUUCGGCACGUGGACGCCAGCUCACUUGCAACGGUUGUGAUUUAUCUAAAGCAAGCUUCUACCCAGCGCCUUCACCCCGCCCAGGAGUUCUGUAGUGUUAAAGCAAGUUAAUAAAACAUUCGUUUGUGUUUCAUCCAUGGGCCCUGGGACCACCUCUCACGGCUCCGCCGGGUGCCAGGAGCAAGUACGUGCAGCAGGGUUACGACAGGUCGUUAGAGGUUCAGCGUCCAAGGACGCGUACAGCUUGUUUCUCUGGAUAUUUUUAUACACAGGCCACGUUACAAGCAGUUUCUAUCGGAAGCAGACUAGCUAUUUUUAUUUCUCCCAUGAUAUUAUUGUUUUAUGUAGAAUACUUGGCACCAUAGAACAGUAACAAAAGACAGACAAAACGGUUUACAAAAUUCUUAAAAGGUACACCCGAGCGAGCUAUAAACUUCACAUUCAGUUCUUAAUAUGAGACAGAAAAAGGCCUAGGAGUCUCCAGCUGCUCGUAUGGACGUGCUGUGGUCGGUCUGACCCCUGACGUCUCUGCUGGGUCGUAGUACUUGUUUUAUAGCUUUGUGUGUUGACGUGCAUGUAACCAAACCCCUAGACACCAAUUCUACCUGCUGAUAUGACACUCAAGCGUUCAUACUGGAAAGUAUAUUUAGCGUAAGUUUUGGUAAGGUUUAUAAAUUAUUUUUAAAAAGUAUAUAUUUAUAUAUAUUUAUAUAUAUAAAAAUGGAAAGCAGCCGCAGUGUGAUUCAGAAACCAUGUGACUAACAGGGAACAGGGGCCCCCAGAAGUGAGAGCGAGGCCACGCCGCUGGCCGGCAGAGCCCCGGCCGCCCCGCCACGGAGGGGACUCCGAGCCCUGUGGGGUUUCUACGCCGGAGAAGCUCCUCCACGCUGACAAUGAUUAAAAAUCGAAAACCGUGAAGUCUAAAAUGCAGAAUCUCUUUGCUGUCUAUUAGAGUUUUGGCAACAGGACUGUGACUUAUUUAAAAAAUCCCAAUGUUUCUACUUGAUGUCACACGAGCAGACACGACAGUGAGGUAUGUGAGGCUUGUCCGGAGCGCCGUCCGGGCUGAAGCGACGUGUGGGGCCGGCCGUCUAGCAGUGGCGCUCAGGCGGGUCUGUCGAUGCAGCUGUCGGAGCACGUGGCUCCUCGUGCUGCAGGGAGGUCUCGCCGGGGGUCCCCUCGUGGCGCUGGCAUCGCUUCCCUGCCGUGGAAUCAGCCAUUUGUUAAGGGGACAGACACACCACAAAAAGCUCAGAAAGGUGAACUCGAGGGAGGAGGCAUAUUUACCACCAGUUCACUGCACCACACAACACUUGUGCACACGUGCGUGAGGUUUACCUGCCCCGGGCGCCAUGCGGAAGGCCAGGAACACGGGCUGCAGCGGGAGAAGAGAGGCUGUCAGAACCGGGCGCCCAGACCCCGCUCCCGGGCUUCCCGGCCGCGGCCCGCAGGCCCAGCGCCGGGCCCCAGUUCCCGAGGAGCUGGUGGGACUGGGCGACCAGAGGCUAGAGGCAAAGGGCCUUCGCGUUCUCUAAAGACGGUGUUGUUUCCAGAUAAAGACAACGUGAGAGCUGAUUUCAGGCCCAAAGAACACGGGGAAGGACAGAGCCCGUCCUGGGAUCCGGCCCACUGGGCAGUGUGGGCGACCCGCCCAGAGGCCCUGAAAAUGGGAAACGGUGAACGUCUCUCACGUGGCUGAUGGUGACACACGACCCGUCACCACAUGCCCCUCGGAGGGGCCCGUACAAAGUUAGUCCCGGAACAAAUCCUCGGUGUUGCCCCCGAGGCACUGGGUCGGUGGCACGCCCGUGUCCCGCCCGCACUGGCGGUGGGCGGUCGCCAUCAGGAGCCAGGAAGGUACUUGAGUGCAGGAAACGGCCCCCAGGACCGGCCAGCGUGACACAGCCUCCUUCUACAAACAGUAACACUGCGUACUUUAUCCUCCUGUGACCAGUCACUUCUGCCUUCUCAUCUACCUGCCUGUCUAGCCCCUACCUGCCUCCCUUCUGGUAUUUUAUUAAAGUUAAAUAAAAACAGACCAACUUGGC